CACUCUAAAUAGAAUGUAUUGUAAUCUUUGCUCAGUCCAACGUGGUCCCUUCACCCAGGCUCCGCUCUUGCCUUCUCCACACUUGUUUGAUUUAUGAGGAAUCCAAGAUGAAUUUGGAGCAGGAGAGGCCUUUCGUCUGCAGUGCCCCCGGAUGCUCCCAGCGCUUCCCAACUGAGGACCAUCUAAUGAUUCACAGACACAAGCAUGAAAUGACUUUGAAAUUUCCCUCCAUAAAAACAGACAGUAUGUUAUCAGAUCAGACUCCGACCCCCACGAGAUUCCUGAAGAACUGUGAGGAGGUGGGCCUCUUCAGCGAGCUGGACUGCUCCUUUGAGCACGAAUUCAGGAAGGCGCAGGAAGAGGAGAGCAGCAAGCGGAAUAUCUCAAUGCAUAAUACAGUCGGUGGGGCCAUGACGGGGCCUGGAGCUCACCAGCUUGGCAGCACCCGGAUGCCCAACCACGAUACCAGCGUUGUGAUUCAGCAAGCCAUGCCAUCGCCCCAGUCCAGCUCCGUCAUCACACAGGCACCUUCCACCAACCGUCAGAUCGGGCCUGUCCCAGGCUCUCUAUCUUCUCUGCUACAUCUCCACAACAGACAGAGACAGCCAAUGCCAGCCUCCAUGCCUGGGACCCUGCCCAACCCAACCAUGCCCGGAUCUUCUGCUGUCUUGAUGCCGAUGGAGAGACAAAUGUCUGUGAACUCCAGCAUCAUGGGGAUGCAGGGUCCCAAUCUCAGUAACCCCUGCGCCUCUCCCCAAGUGCAACCAAUGCAUUCAGAAGCCAAAAUGAGGUUGAAGGCCGCGUUGACUCAUCAUCCUGCUGCCAUGUCCAAUGGGAAUAUGAACACCAUGGGACAUAUGAUGGACAUGAUGGGCUCCCGGCAGGACCAGACGCCGCACCACCAUAUGCACUCUCACCCACAUCAGCACCAGACGUUGCCGCCCCACCACCCCUACCCACACCAGCACCAGCACCCGGCGCACCACCCUCACCCGCAGCCCCAUCACCAGCAGAGCCAUCCUCACCAUCACUCUCACUCCCACCUCCACGCCCACCCAGCACAUCACCAGACCUCGCCACACCCGCCCCUGCACACCGGCAACCAAGCACAGGAGUUAGUUCAGGAGUUAGCAUCUGAAAUGACAAGUGCUACAUCUUUGCCAAUAACAAGGAUUAUGUCAUCAGCAGCCACUCUGGUUUCACCAGCUACACAACAGAUGCAGCCAACCCAGACAAUACAGCCGCCCCAGCCCACAGGGGGGCGCCGACGGAGGGUGGUGGACGAGGAUCCCGACGAGAGGCGGCGGAAAUUUCUGGAACGAAACCGGGCAGCUGCCACCCGCUGCAGACAGAAGAGGAAGGUCUGGGUGAUGUCACUGGAAAAGAAAGCAGAAGAACUCACCCAGACAAACAUGCAGCUUCAGAAUGAAGUUUCCAUGUUGAAAAAUGAAGUAGCCCAACUGAAACAGUUGUUAUUAACACACAAAGACUGCCCCAUAACAGCCAUGCAGAAAGAAUCACAAGGAUAUUUAAGUCCAGAGAGUAGUCCUCCUGCCAGUCCUGUCCCAGCUUGCUCGCAGCAGCAGCAAGUCAUCCAGCAUAACACCAUCACCACUUCCUCGGCGGUCAGUGAGGUCGUAGGAAGCUCCACCCUCAGCCAGCUCACUACUCACAGAACAGACCUGAAUCCGAUUCUUUAAGUGCAUGGGUCAGACCUUGCCUCCAAGAAGAGUUGUAGCAUAUCAUGCAUCCUUUCUCUUAAGGGCAUUUUAAAAAAUUCACUCAGACCUGGAAGACUCCUCAGCCCUUCAAAGACUGGCUUUCAUUUUUAUAGUUACUAUGGAAAAUGUUGUCUUUUAUACUUAGUUAUAUAAGAAAAAAGGGAGUUAUGCAAUUAAUAUCUAUCAGCUUGGGAAAUGCUUUGGUGCUUUCCUCCAAUUUUCUGGUACCAAUUACUUGUUUAUAAGCAGAACCUUUUCUGUAUAUAGCCAUGGUUUCAUUCUUAUCAGUCCAACCCUUUGCCUGAAAUAACAAAUCUUGUUAAACUACAGCUUUUAGCCAAAAUGGGGCAUACCUAGAUGUCACAUGAGCCGGAUCCAAGAUAACUGGGUAGGAAAUCUGAUGAUGUCAUAACUCAUGUUGAGUUUGUGCUGUGAUGUCACCAGAAUCCCAGAUAGACACACAGCCUUUCCAAUAACUUUUUUUUUCCUCUAACUACAAAAGAUGAUAAGAUCCACCAAUGUCCUAAUAUGACCACCAAGCAUCUCACCACUCUCCUCCGCUUUAUCCACUUGUUAUGUCCAGUGUCCCUCUCCAUUCCUACUUUAUACCUUGGGCUCCCUGUUGACUCUUCAUUUGAAUUAUCUUCUUCCCCACCCCCGUUAGCAUUGCAUGUGAAGAAGAAAAUAAUGUUAAAAGAAAAGAAAAGCAAACCUCAAAAAUGUAGACCUAGCCAUUGCUUCGCUUGCCUGUAACCCACAGCUGGAGUUCAUUCAGUGCUUGCUUUUCACAAAAUAGUAACCAGGAGAUGUUUAAUGUGCCUGAUUUAAUGUUUUUAAUAAUCAGAGCAAAUAAAAAGGUGGUUUAGUUAUAGGUGAAGCACUGUUGAUUGCCAGCUGUGGAGACACUAGGGAAGGGAGCUUUGUAAGCCCUGAUUGUGAAAGUCCAAAUUAUGAUGCGGGGCUAUAACAUCACACCCUUGAGUUACAACUGGUUUUAUAUGGCCUGUCCAUAAUGUUGAAAAUCCAUGUACUAUAUAAUAAUUCAGAAGGGCUCUAUUCACUACACAGAUUACAUUGUUCAGUCGUCAGCUGCUAAUAGCCUAAGAUUUAUUAUUAUUUUUUUUUUCUUAAGCCUAUGAAGCCAGCCCUGCUGUUCUGGUGGGUGGAAGCUGACCGACUCCUGGAGAAACAAAGAGAGAAAGCAAGCCCAGUGCUCCUGUAGGGUACUUCGGGCCCCCAGAACAGUACAGUGCUCUUCGACUGCUGGCGAAAUCCCCUGGGUGGGGCACAGGCUACUCCAUUUUUCUGAAUAAUUUUGAUUUAUAUUUUCAGCAAGUUAAUGUGGACUUGCCCAUUAUAAAAAGCAGAUAGGACCCAAACCACAGUCGUGCCUCCGUGAAACAAGCCAUUCUCCUGUGCUAAGAUUUCAAUAUCAUUUUCACAAUAAUAGGGGCUAAUGUUCCUCUCUUGCAGUUUAGGCAGAUGCUGGUUUCAUCUCCAUUUGAACGCUUGACCUCCUAACGUGGGUGCCUCUGUGUGUGUGUGUGUGUGUGUGUGUGUGUGUGUGUGUGAGUGUUUAUGGGUUUUAAAAGAACGGUAUUUUACAAAAUGGGUCGCUUUUAUAAGAGUUUGGAAAAGGGAAGGAUUUUUUUUCUCUAUAAGAAUCUUAUACAUUCUAUAUAAGAAUCUAUUUUGGAGGGAAAAAACAAAAAUACAGGGGCCUUGAAGCAUGAUUUUUAUAACUAGUUUCAGUUUUGUCUAAUAACUUACUUUUAAAUCAGUAUUUAGCAACAAUCUUUCCAUGUAUGCAGUGCUUUGAAAAGAUUAUUUUGAGUAUUCAGUCAAAUUUAGGACUUGGAUAUAUGGUCUAAGGAUCAGAAUUAAUGUAAAAAAGAAGAAAAAACAAAAAAAGAAAAGUCAAAAGGAUUUUCUAUUAUAUUAAACACAAACAUACCAUUUUCAAAUAUUUUAAAUACUGAAUUAAUAAGUUUUUUUUUUUAAUUCAGGCAGUAACCAAAUGGUUUAACCUAAUCGGCUUCCUGUGAAAUACUGAAGAGUUGGCUUUGAAAAGAAGUUAACAUGUGUAUCUCUGUUUUGAAAUCAAAAAUAAUUUUUUCAGAAUUCAUUCCUAGGACCACUUGUGUGUCCCCAUAUACCCCAAAAAUGGGGGGAAAAAGGUUAAUUGAAGUGGUUGUUUGGGUUUUCUAAUUUUAUUUUUAUUUUAUGUUUUGCUUUAGAUAAACAAAAAUUUCUCUUUACUGCAUGCACAGCACUUAAUGAAAGGGAUUUUUUUAAAAAUCCACUAGUAGUAUCAGAAUAUACAAGGAGUGAACUGCCACUAAAAUUAUGAUUUAGUUUACUUCUGUUUCAUUUCUUGAUUGAAAUAUUUAGUUGUUAACCUGAAAACCUUGGCAGUUAAGAACUUGCCCGAGUUUUCUUAAUUCAGCAACUUGACAGUUUGACUGAUGUGCAUUAUUUAUAGCUCAGUUAUGUCUGUUUUUUAUGCUAAGUAGGCAAACCAACCACACACGUUAGCAAACAACGCUCAACAUAUAUAAUUAGGAUAAACUACCUUUUUGUUAUAUCAGGGCCUGUAGGUGUGUUCAUUCACAGCACGAAAGUACAGCAAAUGAAAGGUGCCACCUGGUUGUCAGUUCUUGAAAUACUGAACAAGAAGAUUCUUUGGUCAAAUCCAACACUUGGCCUAGCAAUAUUAGAGAUUUCAUCUAAAAGUCUACGUCACAGGAUCUACCUGAAAUUACCUCCUAUAUUUCUUGACUUACACUUUUGGCCAAUCUUGAAGAACAUCUUUGAGCCCGUUCUCCUUUCCCAGUCAGUGUAUACUUUUGCAAGCCAGCGGUAAUGGUCUUGGAAGCCCUAGUGCUUAGGAGGGAAGGUCCCUCAGGCACUUCCUAGCCAGCCCUGUGUGUGGCUUUAUCUGUGUGGCUUUCUUUAUUGGCAGAAUCUGCCUCUGAAGUCACUGCCAACCUGCUGGGAAGUCAAACUGUGCCUCCCCUGCCUUGCGUGCUGUGAGCCAACAAUUUAGGUAGUUUACCUGACAGCACUGCAGUCAGGAGAAUCCUCACCUAGACGAGGUGUCUGCCUCUUUGUUGUUUCUCUUGGACACAUUUCCCAAUCCAUGAUGCUGCAGGUAUGAUGAAAAAUCCCGGUCAUGGACGAAGAGAGUAAUUUCAAAACUCGGUGUUAGGUCAGAUGUUUUCCCUUCACACUCCUACUCGCCCUACUCCUACCCCGGCAUCAACGUGUGCAAGUCCUCCUCUGAAUACAACUUGUGGGACGCAAGCAGUGUGUGUGCUGUUCAGGUAUAUGUCACAAUGACAAGGAUGACUUGCUAGGAGCACACGCUCCUCAGAGCCUGUGUGGUCAAUGAAAUGAAAUGGAGCGCAUACCCUGGGAGCGAGGUGUCAGCGGUGAAUUUUCAGGUGGUUGUUGCCUGUCUGUUAAGUAAUUCUUAGUGGGUUAGUGGAGUUUGUCAUUAAAAUCAUAAACCAGCUCCAAUAAAAGACCAGCCUUUGGCCGGGGGGUUUUAAGCAUCAGUAAUUUCUAUAAAACUAAGUCACCCAGUUAGGAUAGAAUGUGCUUCUUUCUAGUUAAUAAAACCAUCUAAGAAAUUAUAUAUGUAUGUAUGUAUGUAUACAGUGGAAUUCAAGGACCAAAGCAAAAUUUGAACAGGAAUCUAUUAAUUUAGAAUUUUAUAAGAUAUUUAUUAAUAAAUGUUAUUUUUAAACAUUCCAUUUGAACAGUAUUCUUCUGUAGGUUCUACUUGUUUUUUUUAAUAUUAGUCCAUAUUAAACUACUCUAGUAGUGCAUACUUUCAUUUUUUCAGGGUCUCAGAGGGCGAUUCUCCAUCAUCCGGUGGAAAUGUCUGCCUAGCUCUCUGUGCAGAGACAGUUCAAGGAUUUUUAUUGCUCUGUGAGUUAUUUUUAAUCUGCAUUCUAAACAGGUUUUUUUUUUUUUUUUUUAAGCAUGGAUUUCUUCUUCUCAUUUUAAAGUAAGCUCUUUUAUUUAGGAAGCAGAGUUCAGCUAAAGGGAAUCAAUAAUUAUAACUGGAACAGCUUUCUUACACAAGAUCAACUCCAUCUCUGCUUCAUUCUACCCCCCUCCCCGUUUCCCAGAAGGCCUUGCACUACCAGCUUCCUCGAGCUUCUAGUUCCUUCCCUGUAAUGCGCAGUAGCUUUAAGCCAUUCACGCUCCAUUAUGCAGUAUGCUGGAGAAGGGAAAGGAAACAACCCGUUUAAAUUUGAAUAAAGCCGUGCCUAUGUGUACCAUAGCCAUUUAGGGUCUCUUUUCUGCUUUGAAAAUAAUUUAUAUUUUAAAAUUGCACUUUAGCUUUUUUGAUCCCUUUCUAUUUGCCUUGUUCUCUUUUUAACCUAUCCCCUGUCCUUCAACUUGCCUUUGCUCCCCUCUUGCUCCUCCGUCCUUCCUGUAAGGCUUUGAGCUACAUCAUUUACGAUCCUUUACAGAAUAUUUGCACCAGGUACAUGUGUGUGUGUUCACAAGGAGCAUAGCUAAGACGUGCUGCUCACGUCAGCCUAGGUGAAGCUUGCUACAAGAAUGUCAAGAAGAGCCAGUACACUAUAUGGUUUAUACUCUUUAUCCCCUUGUUCAUAGCAUGUUUGUUAAAAAUGUUAUAUUAUGCAACAGAUGUGAGGCAGCAGCUAAGCUCUACUUAAGAAUUUUUUAUCUCAUUCUCCAAACCAAAGUGUCCUGAAUAAGCCAGGAGACUUCUUUUGUGCACCGUGGUGCAAGUUUGACAGUUGUCCUAGCCAUAGUCUCUCUGAGGCUGCUGAUGUCCCAGUGCCCCUUUAAUUUUAUUCCUAGGUCUCAAAACUACAAUGUGGCCUUGUACUAUGAUUAGGGACAGCACCUUUAUUUUACAAUUACAAACAAAGGAAGGAUAAGAAGACACAGGAGCAAUAAACUUACAUAUAAAACCUAAUACCAAAACAAACACACGAGGACAUUUAAAAAGCAGAAAACCUAGCUCAUCAUGUUGUGAAAAUGAAAAGUUGUGUAUCCAUUUAAAAUAUUUUACUAUCUCUUGUGGAGUUUUUCGGUGAUGUAAUGCUUGUAGCCAAAUUGUUUAAAGAGUGUUUAUAUUUUUUUUCUUUAUAAAUAGUCUAUUUUUGAGAAAAAGAAUAUUUAAGCAAAGCUGAAGAAGGGGGUAAAGCCAAAUUGCCAGCAAUUGUUAAAAGAUGAAUACUCUCAAGUGACACUCUGAUACCUUUCCAAACUUAUCACCAGAAAGGAAUCAAUAAUUAUCAACUGCUAUAUUCAGACCAACUUAGAAUGUCUAGCUUAUUAGAAGCCAGGAUCUAGAAAGCUCUUCCUAAGCCAUUUAAGGUUUUCUUACAUCAAGCUUUAUAUUAUAGAACUUUAUAGGAUUUUUUUAAAGAUAAAAUCAUUUAGCCUCAGGACUGAGAAUGUGGGCUCUGAAUAAAUUAGCUUUAAAUACAUCAUUAAAAUCUUCCGCACAAUAAACUCAUUAGAUUCUAGUUUCCUCCUUUGGAAUUUCCAAUGCUACCAACACUGCAGGAGACAAAGAAAGGUAUCAGUGGAGUCCAAAUUCAAGGGGUUUAAGAGAAAGAACCCUUGUCAACCAACCAGCCAGUAGACCAGACCUGCUCUCCGUUUUCCUUCAAAACUCCACUAAGCCCCACCUGCCUCCCAGAGAGAGGAGGGCUGCCUUUGAAGAUUGUGUGGGAGAAAAGCUUCAAGUGUCCUCCCUGAAGAGAACAGAGGGUCGGGGUACCUUCUGAAAAGGCCCAGGAAAAAAAGAGGCUCUGUUCAGAUGCAAUGUUUUAGGACAAUUG